UUGUAAAUGCUAACAUUAAUAUACGGAUUUCUGGUAAAGGCUAGUGAGGACGUACCGGUGGAGUUAUUAACACAACAUGAGAUACCGACGGCGCCGGUAAUCUAUAGAGGUAGCAAAAACAAGACGGACGUGGCGAGGCAUUUUGUAGAAUCAGUAAUUGAUGUGGCCCGGAAAAUUGAAAGUCUGAUGAAAAUUAAUAUCCCUAUAAUCAUGACUGAGGACGAAGAAAAAACACAUCAAGAGUGUAGUGUGUGUAAUUUAUGCAAAUGCAAUUUAGCCGGGGUCGUAAAGGUUAGGGAUCAUGAUCAUUUGACCGGCAAAUUUAGGGGGGCCUUGUGCUCGGGAUGUAACCUGAAGUUGCAACAGCCUAAAUUUGUCCCUGUUUUUUUUCAUAAUCUCUCAAACUACGACUCACAUUUCAUAAUCACUGAACCUACCGAACAGUGAAGAGAAAUUUAUAUCUUUCUCGAAAUAUAUAAGUAAUACCUUCACUGUUCGGUUUAUCGACACGUUCAGGUUUAUGGCUUCGAGUUUAUCGUCCCUUGCUGAAAAUUUAGUUACACCCGAACAUGAAAACUUCCGUGAGACAGCCAAACAUUUUAUCACCGGAGAUAUGCCGCUCGUAACUCGGAAGGUGGUAUACCCUUACGAGUACACGGAUUGUUGGGAGCGGCUGGAUGAUAUAAUAUUACCGAGGAAGCGAGAUUUCUACAGCACGUUAACGGAGACCGGGAUUAAGGAGAGUGAAUAUGACCAUGCUAAGGAGGUAUGGAGUCAUUUUAACUGCAGGACGCUCGUUGAUUAUUCUGACCUGUACCUCAAAAUCGACGUGUUGCUGCUGGCUGAUGUGUUCGAGAAUUUCCGCGACUUUUGA